AUGGGUUCAACACCAUCGCUGCCAGCUACAACAGAUGUCGAUGAUAUCAUUGCUAGUACGGGUUUAACAAAGAAGGCAAUAAGAGCAUUAUGGACAAGAUUUAAAGAUUUAGAUCGUGAUGUAAGCGGCGGCGACAGCAAAGGUUAUUUGACCCUAGACGAUUUAAGUCGUGUACCAAAAUUUGAUGAAAAUCCCAUAGCACCACGUUUAAUGAAAGUUAUUUUCGAUGAUUUUGGUACAAAUGAUAAAUUAAAUUUUAAACAGUUCGCUCAAUUUAUGAGUAUAUUUUCAAGACGUGAAACACACUUGUCAUUACGAGCACGAACUGACAGUAAUAAAAAUACGUUGAAAAAUUAUGAAACAGACGUUAGAUAUUCAAUGUACGAUACGAUUCUUGCAAAAAAAAUUAAAUUCAUGUUUCGAAUGUACGAUAUUGAUCGUGAUGGUAAAAUUUCAAAAGAAGACGCCCAAGAAACAUUAAAAAUGAUGGUUGGUGAAAUUAGUGAUGAAGAAGCCUCAAUCAUUGCUGAAAAAGUGAUUGAUGAAUUUACAGACAAUAAUCCCAAUGCUGUUGUUAAUUUGACGAAUUUUGAAAGAACAUUACUACUAAUUGACUUUAAAGACAAAAUGGGUUUAAAAUUAUUGAAAUAA